AUGGCUCCACUGGCAGUCCCCGGCCUGACGGGCCGUCGGGCUGAACGGAGAACCCCUGUGGGCCGGCUCCUAUCCCGCACUGGGCCGACUGGGGGCGGGGCAGACGCAACCACGCCUCCUUCCGUGAGCCGGGGGCGGUCCCAGGUGAAGAGGGAGAGCGGCGGCUCAGGUGCCCGCCCUCCGCGCCUGCGCCGUGUGCGCCCCGCCCCGCCCCGCCCCGCCAGGUGCGCUCCACCCCCAGCCUGGCCGCCGCCGCCGCGGACUUGCCCGCGAUCGCCAUUCGCCGUAGCGACCCCCGGGCGUUUGGCCGUGUGGAGUCCGAAGUCCCGGGACCGUCGGCGAGCGCCGGGGCGUGUUGGGAACCGACUGAGGCGACGUACGCGCCAAAACCCUGAAAAAGGGGGCUUGCUGGGGUCCGCGCGCCUCGCGGUCCGCCGAUCGCCCCCUCCCCUCCCACGCACGCAGCCGCCCCUGAGCUCGCGGGCCUCCAGCGCGGCCGUGGGCUCCCCCACGCCUGCCCGGGACACCCUAACGGCCGGUGGCUCGAGGCCAGGCUCGCGGCGCGGGCGGCAGGUCAUGGCGCAGCAGUGUGGGCCGCGGCGGGGCCGGGCGCUCCUCGCCCUGUUAGCUUCGCUGCUGCUCUCCGGGGCCGAGGCGGCCGGCAGAGACCUAGACGUCCACGAGUCUUGUGGAGUUUCGAAGGUAGUGGGGAAAUGCCGGGCUUCCAUCCCCAGGUGGUGGUACAAUGUCACUGCUGGGUCCUGCCAGCCGUUUGUGUAUGGAGGCUGUGAAGGAAAUGGCAAUAACUACCAGAGCGAGGAGGAUUGUCUUGGGAAGUGUGCUGGUGUCACUGAGAGCACCAUUGAUGGCGUGGCCAGGAACGGGAAUGGAGCCGACUCUUCUGUCCUGAGUGCUCCCAGGAAGCAGGGUGCUGAGGACCUCUCUGGAGAGAUCUUCAACUAUGAAGAAUACUGUGUCCCCAAGGCCGUCACUGGGCCUUGCCGCGCAGCCUUCCCUCGCUGGCACUACGAUACCGAGAAGGGUUCCUGUGACAGCUUCAUCUAUGGUGGGUGCCGAGGCAACAAGAACAGCUACCUCUCCAAGGAGGCCUGCAUGCAGCGUUGCUCUGGCAAACAGACGUAUCCUGUUCUGACCCCUGGGAUAAAAGCGGUGGUCCUGGUGGGGCUGUUCGUGAUGGCCCUGAUCCUCCUCCUGGGGACUUCUGUGGUCUGCCUGGUCCGUGUGGCACGCAGGAAGCAGGAGCGUGCUCUCCGCACUGUCUGGAGCACCGGGGAUGAUAAGGAACAGCUGGUGAAGAACACGUGUGUCUUGUAAAGGCCCCGAUGCUGGGAGAGCCAGGGGAGGUGCACACAUGCUCCUAUAAACAUAGUGAGGUCUUUAGCGGAGUUUGCUCUUUGUUUUCCCGUGGCAGGGAGAGCAGGCAGCCUCUUCUGGUCCUGUUUGUCUGCUUACCCCCCUGACUUCUGUCCUCUCAACAGCUCCCUUAGCCGCCACCAUUGCCUCCUUUAGCAUCACUGCAUCACUAGUAUUCCUGUUCUGGUACCUUGCUUUGUUUGAUUUAUGUGGGUUUUUUUUUUAAUAGAUAAAGGUUUUUUAAAUUGGGAUUCUGAAAGAAAAGAUGUAUGUUUAAUGAAAUGGGACUUUUAAAAUAAAAUUUACUACGUA